AUGCUGGGUCUGCUCAGUUCCGGCAUCCCAGAUACGCCGGCAGCGCGGGUGGAAACACCCAUUCCGACCCGAGGAGGUAGCGGCAGUCGGGGCUCUGGUGGCGGUAGGGGCAGAGGCCCUAGGGGCGGAGGCGGCAGUCGUGGCACUGGCAACGUCGGUGGACACUCGGGCAGCUGCCCCGGCAUUGCGAGUAGCGAGGGCAGUGGCGACGGCGGUAGCGGUGAUCAGCCCGAGCUGUCCAGCCGCGGCAAGCCAUACAGCAAAGACGAGAGCAUUGCCGUGGCGAAGGCGUGGGAUUCUAUCACUUCGGACCCCGUGGUGGGUACCGAUCAGGAGUCGGGGAGUUUUUGGAGGCUCGUCAUGUUGGCAUACGAGGAAUUGAAGCCCGACGGCGCCGAGAAGCGCGACCCAGAACAGAUCCGAAAAAAGUUCGGUAGGAUACUGCGGGCUACCAAGCUGUUCGCGUCCAUAUACGAGAACAACCUUCGCCACACCGAGAGUGGCCGAAGCGUAGCAGAUGUUAAGACCCUGUCGGAGGGCCAAUACCACAAGACGGGCCAGCCGAAGUUCAUCUUGUGGGAGGAGUAUCUUGUCCUCGCGGAUUGUCCGAAAUUCUGGUCGAUCGUGGCGAACGAGGUGGAAACAGCUCCUGGCCAGAAGCGCACAAGGCACAACCUUGCCCGGGAAUAUAGCAAACUAGCUAACCGUGAAAAGUAA